CCGGGGGCCUCGGGCGGCACCGGGCAGCGACACGGGCGCCGCCAUGUUGGGCCGGGCGGCGGCGGCGAGGGGCUGCGGGGGCCUGGUGCGGGCGGCGGGACGGGCCCUGAGCCUCAGCCACAGCCGGGACACGGUGAUCGUGGAGCGCUGGUGGCAAGUGCCGCUGGCCAAGGAGGGCCAGGAGCCGUGGCUGCACCCGCGCAGGCACCGCGUGUACCGGCUGCUGGAGGACACCAAGCACCGGCCCAAGGAGCCGCUGCAGCUCAUCCUCACGCAGGCCGUGGAGGGGCUGGGCCAUCGUGGGGACGUGGUGAGUGUGAAGAAACACGUGGGCAGGAACAAGCUGCUGCCUCAGGGCUUGGCUGUGUAUGCAUCCCCCGAGAACAGGGACAGGUUUGAGCAGGAGAAGCUGCAGCAGGAGGGGAAGCUGGAGGCCCUGCAGACCCAGAGCGGGGAGAGGACCAUCAAGUUCCUGCAGAGAUGCCGCCUGGAGGUGGGGAUGAAAAACAACGUGCAGUGGGAGCUGAACAACGAGAUCGUGGCGAGGCACUUCCUCAAGAACCUGCGGGUGUUUGUCCCUCCACACGCGCUGCGGCUGCCUGAGGAGCCCAUCACGCGCUGGGGCGAGUACUGGUGCGACGUGACGGUGAACGGGCUGGACACGGUGCGGGUGCCCAUGUCAGUGGUUCAGUUCCUGCGGCCACGCACCAAACGGCGCCGGCGGCGGCUGGAGCGGGAGCAGGCGAGGCUGGCGGCACACCGGGAGACACUGCUCUGAGACCAGACCCCCCACACACCCCCAGAGCCCCCCACACACCCCCAGAGCCCACACACACCCCCCAGGGCCAAGGUAGUGCUGGGGGAACAGGGGGGAUCCCCCCAGGCUGCUCUGAACAGCACCCAGCAAAGGGCUCAGCACCCUGGGGGAGGGUCAGUGACCCUGGAGGGGGCUUGUGGGGUGAGACCCCCUGCUCCCAGCUCCUCCUGCAUCCUCCCUGCCUGCUGAAGCACCCUGAGGGGCCAGGACCCCCCCCCCCCCCAGAGCUGCAGCUCAUGGAAGGACAUCAGGUGGGGGGUGGGCAGAGGGGUUUGGGGGGAAAGAGGCCGGUUUCUGUGUUUUCCUGGGAUGGAAAAUGGACUCUUUUUGGUAAA